AUGAACAAUAACACUUAUUAAUAAUAAUGAACAAAGUAAAUAUGACAGGUAUCACAAAUACCAUAACAUCCACAAUGAUGUUUGACAGUGUUAAAAAUCAUACAAUGGCAACUAACAUAUCCAAUGAAACAUCCGAAGCAUAUGUAUAUUCUACAGAAGAAACUGGUAGUGCACAACAGUUAUGGAAUGUUUCUAAAGCCACCACAUCAUUCGCUAACAGUACACCAGUUUUCUUAGAGACGUCCAGCACUAGUAUAUACAUGUCAACAACAACAGAAACAUUUGAUGAAUUUGGUCCUCCAGAAGGGAUAGAAUACAUUUUUGUACCACUUGGUGUAGUGGUCUUUGUUAUUGUAUUAUCAGCUGUGGUAUGGGUAAUAAUAAUCUCCAGGAAAAGAAAAUUAGAACGUUUAAGACAUAGACUUAUGCCAAUGUAUAACUUUGAUCCUGGAGAAGAAGAAGAAGAUGAUUGGGAAACUGAAUUGUUGGAAGAAUGUUAUAGUAAUCAUCAAAGACGUCAAGGCUAUCAAUCUAUGGAUACAGAAGAAAAUGCUGAACUUUUCGGAAAUCGUUGAUGAAGUAUUUACAAUAGUCACUUAAAAUCUUUAUAUUACUUGAAACUUAUCAAAUUAAAAACUCACAAUAUUCAUUAGA